AUGGCCAUGGCGAUGGGGGCGGUGCUCUCCUCCAGCAGAGCAGCCUUCCUCGCCUCCUCCUCCUCCUCUUCUUCACCAGCAGCAGGAAAGCAGCAGCAACAUCACACCAUGAUGAUGAUCAAGUAUUCCUCUACGUCGUCGCCACACACCAGGUGGCCGGUGUGCUCCCAGCUGGUUGCCGGAGACAGAAAUGGAGGAACCGGCCGGCAUGUCUCCAGGAGCACCGGGAACCAAUUCUCUGCCCACAUUCAGAUUCAGCAGCCUCAGCUCAACUCUACUCCCAUGAGGCUCUGCAACAAUAAUGCAGGCCUGGUGAAGAGGAGGGUCCUGUCAAGGGUCGAGUGCUUCCUAUCCUCGGACCCGGUCACCAGCGGAUGGCACAAACCCAAGAACCUCACCGGCCUCGACACCGCCGGGGUGCUGCAGCCCGAGUACAGAGCGCCCGUCAGAAAGCAGCGCGGAGACUGCAGGGCCGAGCAGUACGAGAUGACCGGGGCGCCGCUGGGCGACGUCCCCGCAGAGGCCGCCGUCCUGGUCGGAGAUGCUGCUAGCCCAGAGGCUGCUUCUUCUCCCGCCUGGUGGCAGCAGUUCCCCAAGCGCAUGACCAUCGUCGUCCUCUGCUUCUUCUCAUUCCUGCUCUGCAACAUGGACCGUGUCAAUAUGAGUAUCGCCAUCCUCCCGAUGUCAGCGGAGUUCGGCUGGAGCCCGGCGACCGUUGGCCUCAUCCAGUCUUCUUUCUUUUGGGGCUACCUUCUCACUCAGAUUCUUGGAGGCAUUUGGGCUGACCGUUUUGGCGGCAAGGUGGUCCUUGGGUUCGGGGUUGUAUGGUGGUCUAUUGCAACAAUUCUUACACCAUUUGCUGCCAAGCUUGGCCUUCCGUUCCUACUCGUCGUGCGUGCUUUCAUGGGAAUAGGCGAGGGUGUUGCCAUGCCGGCCAUGAACAACAUCCUUUCCAAAUGGAUCCCGGUUUCAGAGAGGAGCAGAUCUCUUGCAUUGGUAUACAGUGGAAUGUACCUUGGUUCAGUUACCGGCCUGGCCUUCUCACCUUUCCUGAUAAGCAAAUUCGGUUGGCCUUCUGUUUUCUAUGGAUUUGGGUCCCUGGGAAGCAUCUGGUUUACACUGUGGCAACUCAAAGCGCGCAGCUCUCCGAGUGAAGAUCCGGAAGUAACCGAAGAUGAAAAGAGGCACAUACUAGGUGGUAGUACCUUAAAGGAGCCUGUUACCUCCAUACCAUGGAAGUUAAUCCUAUCAAAGCCUGCAGUAUGGGCCCUCAUAGUAUCACAUUUCUGCCAUAACUGGGGAACAUUCAUUCUCCUUACAUGGAUGCCCACAUACUACAAUCAGGUUCUGAAGUUCAAUCUCACCGAGUCCGGGCUUCUGUGUGUCCUGCCGUGGCUGACAAUGGCCGUGUUUGCAAACGUUGGUGGCUGGAUAGCUGACACACUUGUUGCGAGAGGGGUUUCGAUAACAAAUGUUCGCAAGAUCAUGCAAUCUAUCGGUUUUCUUGGACCAGCCUUGUUCUUGACACUGCUGAGCAAAGUCCGCACACCAGCCAUGGCCGUGCUGUGUAUGGCAUGCAGUCAGGGGAGUGAUGCUUUUUCACAGUCUGGGCUGUACUCGAACCACCAGGAUAUAGGACCGCGUUACGCGGGGGUGCUUCUUGGGCUGUCGAACACCGCCGGCGUGCUUGCAGGAGUUUUUGGUACUGCUGCCACUGGCUACAUCCUUCAGAAAGGGCUCUUGGGACAGCGUGUUUCAGGUGGCUGUUCUGCUGUACAUAGUAGGGACAGUGGUGUGGAACGUCUUUUCGACCGGAGAGAGGAUCCUCGAAUAAGCCAUGGGACGGACGCUCCUAUGCGCCGCUAUACGAAAAUAAGCUGA